AUUCGUCCGAUCCAUGAGAUGGUCCACCGCUGUCGGCAAGGUCCGUCAAAUUAUUCCCUGGCGUUGAACCACCGCUUCCUCCGGCCUCUAAUCCGGCCUUCCUCAGCUCCGACCGCAGUCAGCAUAGCACUAUCGGAGCUUUAGAUCAUGGGCAGUGUGCCGUUGGCCCGUGACUCACACUGAUAAAGAGGCCUGGCCCCCCAAUGCUGUCUGACAAGGUCCAGAGAGCUCUUGUCUGGUUAUGACGCACGCUUGAACAGCCCAUGAGUGAGCUUUGUUGCCCUUUGUGCUCCUUGCUUCCACCUCACAAUGGAGCCCCUCGUGGCCAUAGUGCCUGCAGCCAUGGUGUCUUUAACGACCCAGGGCGGGGCUGGGGAGAUAGGUCAUAUUCCUGACCCUGGUCUGGUGCAGAGAGAGAUAUGGCAAUACCGGACCCGGAAAGCCUCGGCUUUUGUUGGUGCUGGCAACUUGCACCUGGCGGCGUUGUUGUCGUCGUGGGUUGUGAUCUUGCUGUCAAUCAGUGUGCAUUAUGUUCGACACCACCGGACUAAAUCGCGUGCUCCGAAGAGCUCCCCACAUGGCCAGUCCGAAAUCGUAAUCUCCCUGCCGUUCGCGUUCGCGCAUCUGGCUGCCGCGACAGCGGCCUGCUGUCUGGCCUGGAUUGAUAUACACCUGGGAGGGAGUUGGAAACGGUCUCUUUUUCUGACCUAUGUGGUUCUACUGGGUAUUGUACGGCUCUGCUGCAAGAGCUAUGGCUGCCGGCGUCAUAUGUAUUGGCAUAUGAAUGCAAUGGCAGUGGGAGCGUUAGUUCUGGCAGUGGUGCAGGAUAUAGCACCAAUGACUGUUAUUGGGGCGACGUAUCGACCAAGCUCUGUCGGAGCUGCUAUUGUAGCCUGUUUGGCUGCAGUGGUGGCCGUCGCACUGGCUACGCCACGUCCGCGACGUGCGUUGGUGCAUGACACGGAGACGGACGAGUUGGUGGAAGCGAAAGUCUCGCCUGAAGAGACGUGCUCCCUCUUCUCGUACUACUGCUCGUAUGAGUGGAUCACCUAUGUGAUCCUGCGGGGCUGUCAGAGGGAUCUGACGCUGGAUGAUUUGCCUCCGCUACCUACAUACGAUGAGCCGUUGAAAUGGCUGGAAAAGAUCAAGAGGCAGCGUCUGAAAGGCGGAAAGACCUUCCGAACUCUGUGCCGGAUGCUGAAGACUGAGAUCAAGACGAUGAUGUUUUGGGCAGCAUUUACGGCAGUGGUGGACUUUCUCGCCCCAUACUCCAUGCUGCGGCUGUUGGCCUAUCUGGAGAAUCCCCGGAGUGCGGUGUUGCACCCUGCGCUGUGGAUUGCUCUCCUGUUUGUCGGACCAGCAACACGCUCCCUGUGUUACCAGCAGUACAUCUUUACGGCUACCCGGCUGCUUGUUCGUGUUAAUGUAUCUCUAGUCCAGGAGCUGUAUCAGACCGCUAUGCGGUCGUACAUCUACGACGAGUCGGUCGGUCAGUCUGAUGAAGGAAAACAGGCCAAGUCGCGAAACCGGGCAGAGUCCAAGGGUGCUUCGAAAUCAAGCCAGGCCAACCUGACCAGCUUAAUGUCGUACGAUGUCGACGCGAUCUACAACUCUCGUGAUAUCUUCUACAUUGCUACCGCGGGGCCAAUCUCCACCACGCUUGCCCUGGUGUUUCUGUACCAGAUGCUCGGAUGGCCCUCGCUGUUUGGUGUCUUGAUGCUGCUUUGUUUGUCGCCUCUUCCUGCGAUGGCCUCACGGAAAGUGUCCCGCAUCCAACGGUCCGUUAUGCAAGCUACGGAUGCCCGUCUAUCGAAGAUCUCCGAGUACUUGCAGUCGAUCCGCACGUUGAAGUACUUUGGAUGGGAGCAUGCCGCGAUGAGCUCCAUCAACGAUGUCCGUCGGGUUGAGCAGCGCCGCCUGUGGAGACGCAGCGUGUUUGUUGCGCUUAUUUCCAUGGCGGGAGAACUGCUGCCGCUGCUCAGCCUGCUGGUGAUGUUCUCUGUGUACAUCUUGUUUACGGAUCUUCCGUUGCGGGCCCCGGUUGCCUUUACGUCUUUGUCCAUCAUGGAGACGCUGCGAGUUCAAUUUAUCUGGCUGUCCAAUAUCAGCCGGUACGCUGCACAAGGGUCCGAGUCGCUCCGCCGCGUCGACCGCUUCUUCGAUACUGCCAGUGAGAUCCAGCGGCAUCCGGAAGGGCCAUUGGAAUUCAAGGAUGCAACCUUUAGGCGGACCCCAAUUGCUGCCUUUAGGUUGCAGAAUCUAUCCCUACGGUUUAAGCCGAACGCUCUCAACGUGGUUACAGGCCCCACUGGCUGCGGAAAGACAUCGCUACUCCUGUCGUUCUUGGGCGAGACUGUCCUGGAAUCCGGAACUGCUACUUGCCCGCGGGAUGUCGCGUAUGUGCCACAAGCGCCGUGGCUACAGAACGACACGAUCCGCCAGAAUAUCAUCUUCUAUAGUCUGUUCGAUGAAGCCCGGUAUGCCAUGGUCAUCGAAGCCAGUGGUUUGGCGCAGGACCUGCGACAGCUCCCGGCUGGCGAUUCGACCAUGGUGGGAGAACGAGGAACCUCGCUUUCUGGCGGCCAGAAACAGCGGGUGUCUUUGGCCAGGGCUCUCUAUUCACCGUCGAGCACGCUUCUCCUCGACGACAUCUUCUCCGCCCUCGACACUCACACCACCAGUCUUGUCUAUGAAAAGUGCUUCCGCAGUGGCUUGCUCAAAGACCGGACUGUUGUGCUGAUCACCCACUAUCCGGCUGCCAUGCAGGAUGCCGAGUUGGUAAUCCGCUUGGAGCAUGGCAAGAUUGUCCCGGUUCGGGCUUUCAAGACACAGUCUCUAUCGCAGUCCCCAUCCACCACGCCAGGCACCGAUACCGACUCUUCGGUGGCCGUGCCCGUGACCGAAACCCUGGAUGCCCCGUCCGAGGGCCCUACAGCUGAGCCACCCGCUGUUGAGACCCGCAUCGCUAAGGAAACAUCUGCCACUGGGCGAGUGCCUCGCACAUUAGCGCUACGCUACAUGCUGCUAUUCGGCGGCCCCUCGUACGUUCCACUCGUUGUUGUCGCCACCAUCUCGGUACAAUUUGCCUACUUUGCCAUUACAUAUUGGCUAUCCAUUUGGACAGGGGCGUACGAAAAGUACGAGCAUCCAGACACGCUGUUCUACCUGGGUGUCUACGCCGCGUGCAUCCUCACGUUUCUCUCGUUGCAGCUGUGCAACAAUCUAAUUUACCAAUACGGCAGCUGGGUAGCAGCCAAGAAGACACACCACCGACUGGUGACAGCCGUACUGUCGGCCCCAAUUGCAUGGUUCGACCAGAAUCCAAUCGGACGCGCCAUCAACCGGUUCGGAAAUGAUACUCGUUCCCUGGACACCGUUCUAGUCGAGUGGCUCCGCAUGUCGAUCGAGAACAUGCUCCGGUUCCUACUACGGAUUGCCAGCGUCGCAUCCAUCAUGCCAAUCUUUGCUCUCCCAGCGGCGGUUAUUUGCUCGGCCGGUUUUCUCAUCGGAGAGAUGUACACGCGCGCACAGGUAUCAAUCAAGCGACUGACUUCGGUCAAUUACUCCCCGGUGUUUUCCCAUUUCACCGACUCACUGUCAGGGCUGAGCGUGAUCCGAGCGAGACACGGUAUGGACCAGGUAUUCCAGAACCUGCUAGCGGAUAAAUUGGCAGUACAUGCCCGCUCAUCCGAGGCGCAAUAUAACUGCAACCGCUGGGUGUCCGUCCGCACGGAUUUUUGUGCUGCCUCAGUGGCAGCCGCGGCCGGCUGCGUAGCGUACUUCUGGUCGGGGUCUGCCGGCCUAGUGGGUUUCUCACUCACGAACGCGAUCGGCCUCAGCCAGACCAUUCUGACGCUGGUUCGGACGAUGAACGAGCUCGAGGUAGAGCUGAACUCGUUCCAGCGAAUGAUGGAGUACGCGGACAUCGAACCGGAAGAGAAGCUAAGCGUGGAGGAUCAACGCAAGGUAGAAGCACUACCCGCCAGCUGGCCGACAUCCGGCCGAGUCGAGUUCACAGACGUCACCGCUCGAUACCAAGCCGACGGGCCCGACGUGCUGCGCAAGGUAUCCUUCGUAGCCUACCCAGGCGAACGCGUUGGUAUUGUCGGCCGGACCGGAAGCGGCAAAUCCACCCUCGGGCUAUCACUUCUUCGAUUCGUCGAUAUCGUAGGCGGCCAGGUGACCAUCGACGGGGUAAACAUCGACCAGAUCCGACUGAACCGGCUACGCACGAGCGUGACGCUGAUCCCGCAGGAACCGGUUCUCUUCUCAGGCGACGUGCAGUCCAAUCUCGACCCGUUCGGCGAGUCAGACGAGACCGAGCUCCGCACGGCCCUGUCAGCGUGCACGACGAUCAAUGUACCCGGUGAGCCAGGCAAGGGGCUGCAGCCGCUAUCACUGGACACGGCUGUAGCGGCCAAUGGGGAGAACUUUAGCCAGGGACAGCGCCAGGUGCUGAGUCUGGCGCGGGCGAUGUGCCGACGGUCAAAGGUGGUGUUGCUGGACGAGGCGACGGCGUCAGUGGACCAUGAGACGGACAUGCACAUGCAGCGAGUACUGCGAGAGAUGUUUUCCGACUGCACGAUUAUAGCGAUUGCGCAUCGAUUGCGGACGAUAAUGGAUUAUGAUCGGGUGAUUGUGAUGGGGGAUGGGCAGAUAAUAGAAAACGAUUCACCUGCCAACUUGGUCUCCCAGAGGGGUGUGUUCUGGGAGAUGUUGCGAAAUACAGGAGAAUAUGAGGAAUUGAUAGAAAUGAUGGGCCAGGAAGUCGAGAGGUAGAUAGAUCAUCUAUCUGACUGAGUAGAUAAAAAGAUUAUAGAGGAUAGAUACAGUAGGGUUAUAUAAAAUAGCAUUGAU